AAAUUAAAUUCAAUUUAACAUUAGAAUCCGCACGACCUUGAAGACUAAAUACUUAAUCAGAUGCAAACGAUGAUGUUCAAAUGCGACAGCCUUUUCGCUACGCCUCUGUUUACAUAACACUCCUACUGGUCAUCGAGGCGAUCAUCGGAUUGCUACUAAUCACCGUAACGGCCUAUUACCACGCAAUUCUCACUGGCUAUUUGUCAGAGAUUGAGUGUCGCUCGGUCCACGGUUACUUGCUGAAUAUCUAUAUAUUUGGGGCACAGCUGAUUCUGACAUUCCUGUGCAGUCUGUCCAUGUGGAGGCGCUUGUGGAAGCGGCGUUGCACGCCCAACAUUCAAUUACUUCUGUCCAUUUGGCUAUUUUAUUCCUGCGUCAUCGUUGCCUCGGGCUUGGCGUCUCUUUGGAACGUGUACCGCAGCGCUAAAGUGUUCGAAAAUGGAGCCGAAACGUCGCUGAUCCGUGGCAUCGAUAUGUACUACUCGUGUCCGGAGUGGAAGCUGCUGUGGGAUGGUCUGCAACUGCAUAAAGAAUGCUGUGGAGUUCACAGCUACAAGGAUUGGAUGAAUGCCGACUGGAUGCCCCAGCAGGAGGAUAACGAUAACUGCUCGACAGCAAGAGGUUCCAACGGGAUCCUGGCACCCUACACAUGCUGCAAGCGAGGAUGUGAGAGUAGCACGAACCCAGAAGUGCCCGGCGAUGAACAGCAGCCGUUCCCUUCCUUCUCGCUCGAUUCCAUCCACACCAACGGCUGCCUGCAAGUGUUUUGCAAAGCCCUGUGGCGGCUCUUGUACACGCAGCUGGGACUGGCUCUGCUGUCCCUUAAAUUUCUGAUCAUGCUCUGCUUUCUGACCAAAUUCAUAAUGCAGCGCCAGAACGAGAGCGAUGGCUGCUGCGACAACUUGGGUCUCACAGAUGAAGACGGAUAUCCGCUGGUCGUUGUGAAAUACCCCGCCAAUGUGCGUUGCCUGGUGAUUGGUGAUGAGGAUCUGGCUUCCGAUAUGGCACCCGAAGGCCACUAUUGCAAUUGCGAAGACUCAGCGGAGGAUGAUUGUGAACAUUAAGUUGAUGUUUUCGUUUUGUUCUUAUAUUUUAUAGUUUUUUGUUUUUUUU